AUGUGUUUCAACCUAGAAGCUGUUCUGUAUCUCGAGCAAUGGCUUGACGCCGGAGAAUUCAUCAGAGCCGUGUCUGCAAUUGACAGUGACAAUACUCGCUCAAUAAUGGCGGACAUGAUAUUAACGUCGGAGAAAAUGCCUAAUGAUUAUGUCAUUCGCAUUCUUCAAGAACUAUGUGAUUCCGCAAAAGGCAUAAACAAUAAUCAUCCCAGUUUCAUCAGGUGUAUUUUCGACCUAUGUGUGCACCACCGUCGAAGCGACAUACAUCUUUGUGAGGCAAUCCUCGAUCAAGCCCAAACUACUGCACAGGACAUGAUAUUCACGGGAGAUAACUAUCCAGACGAAGAAAUAGAGUAUCUCAGCACAAAGGCAUUCAACUUCGCCGUCGACCUAUACUUGAGUAAUAACCAACCUGACGAUCAGCGCAGGGUACGCAAGGCCAUUGAUUUAUCGAGAUCGAUGAGAGAUGACUGUGGACACUUGACGCUGGAAUUACAGAUCAAGUACGAGAAGUGGCUUACAUACAGUAUGGAUUCGGAGUAA